GCCGGAGGUCUGCAUCUUGACGAUGUCGAAAACCCUCUCCGGCCAGGUUGUGGCGGAGAGGGUUUCGACAUCGUCAAGAUUGCAGACUCCGGCGCCUUUGUGGUGGAGGUGCAGAAGUUCAUGGUAGAUGGGCACGACGGUAACUGCACCGUGCAUCAACAUCUGAUGAACACAGGUCCAGAAGUUGCCACUCUCUGUAAUGGACUGGCGCAACCAAAGGUGACAUGUCGCGGUAUCAUCAGCAAGCAAGAUGUACGAAUCAAAGCAGCUCCGUUCUUUGAAGGAGGAACCACUAACCUGCCAGCAUCAGCUGACCGGUUGGCCUGGGAUUCAAUUGGGCAUUGCUGGGGUUGCUGUUGGAGGCACACCACUCCAAGACUGCCAGUCGCCAGAGGCCACUCAACAAAAGUAAGAAUCUUUCACCAGCCAUGAAUCAAAUGCAAAUAUUACACAUCGAGUCAAGAUUUUGAUUUUAGUGUCAUAGGGUAAAGAGGUGGGUCUACGCCCAAAAAACAACACAGCUAAUGAUAUAAAAUGUGUACGGAAAAAAACGGUGUUUCUCAUGUUGUUGAGUUGUUUUCAUUCAUUCAUACCUCUCUCCCUGUCCUUAGCUUCCGCCUACGAACAACCUCCCCUGAGCAGGGAGUUUCAGGCCUCCCUAAAAAAACCUUCCCAGAUGUAGACUCACAAACCGACCCCGCCUACCGCCACUUCCUCUCCAUCUAUGGCACCCACUACAUCCGCAGGGUGCACUGGAGGGACGGGUGCACUACACACAGCCGUACGCCCUGUAGGUGGCCAUGAGCGGCCUCCAUCCAUUCUGUCAGAAAUGUCUAGGGUGGAAGACAGUGGGCACCAUCAACGGUGUCACGAUCGCGCUGAGACCAUGUACUGCCAAGUCCCAGAGCAAAAAACUCAAGACAGGCCAAAAGAUUCGGAGCCACCUUCUUGGACCGUGACCGAAGUGCAGGGCGGCAACGGUCGAGGUGCGGACAUCCUCUUCAACCCCGGACAAGAAGUCUGGCUGACAAAACCUGGCUGAAGUUCCCUGAAGAAGGUCCCCUGCUGUGGUCUCUACCAGCUCAGCGCCCGCACUUCUGGCCAGAGACAAACCCCAUCCUCAAGGCCAACCUGCGCAAUGCCAUCAAGACUACAAUCCGAAGUACACUGUGUACACCUCCUGCCCGUCUGCUUGCCAAAAUGGGGAGAACGAAAAAAAGACGGGUCUGGUAAGUGCAGCGUUGGUCACAGGAACGUGGUCAGGAGAAUGUGACGGGUCCGAGCUACGGGGCUUGGGGCGACUACUUCUUAAAGACAGACGGCUCCGUCAAGGUCUUCUAUGGAAAGCAAGGCGAUUCCAAUGUGAUAUGGAACAAUGACUUCCACUUACUGGAACUUACAGGAUUCAGUAUGGAACGAGUGGAUUUGAAAAGUAUUUUUUUCAUUUUUUUUGUUAAUAGUAAGAUCCGUCUCUGAGGGUUACUAUGCAUAGGCUUCCUGUACAAAGGAAUAAGUGGAGAAGCAAGACAUAUGUUAAGGUGUUUUGGAUCUCCAGGGUAGUUUCCAGUUUGCUAAUUCUGCUCCCUCUUCUCUAAACCUGGUUAACAGUUAAAAAAUUAUGAAAAAAAUACAUUUUGCCAGCCUUGUGAAUAUAUUGUGUAUUCCCAUGCUCUUACUAGAGUUGCUUUGUCGCGUCACCCACUCUCGGUACUACAGAAGCCUUGCACUUUGAGGUGUGGGAACCGCGACAACAUAUGCGAACACGACCUUGAUAGGAAAGGGUCCAUAAACCUUCGAAGGGGCGUAUGACACGUCAACCAAAGGUUCAAGUUGAAACACGGCAUUUCAUUAGCUCCCGUCUGUGGUUUUGAGGCCCCAGUCCUAAAGGAAGCCUUCGUGAUCAGUAUGCCCCCUAGCAUGAGGUCCCAGGGUAGGGCGAGUUACGUCCAUGAUGGGACGAGAGACAGA